AGCAUCCGAAAGACGGUUUGCGCGUCCAAUCGUUCGGGUCGCCACAUUUUGCUUGCUUGCGUCUGUAGUCGACGGUGAGUGUUCAGCAACUCGGCGUGAAUUUCGGUUGGUUCGGAAAAAAUAGCUCGAAAAUGGUGCUCGAUGUCAAAAGAACCGCGCUGCUAGUGCUGCUACUGCUCGCAACCAUCAUCGAGCUCAGCACGGCCGAGACGUUCGAGUGUACCGUCGAGGAGUAUGGUCCCGAGAAACACAAGUACUGUGUCUUCCGUAGCGUCAAAUACACCAAGGAUACUACCGAUAUCGUCUUCAAAGCGCCGGCUUCCAAGCAACCUCGGGUGGUGUUCGAGGACUCGGAACUGGAACAUCUGCCGAAGGACUUCCUGGCGAAGUUUGGCAAUGAUUUGAAAGUGUUGAACGUUUCCUCGUGCAAACUUAGAUCGGUGGUUAUCACCAAAGCGAUGGAAGAAUUAUAUGCGAUCGAUAACUACAUUGCAAAGGUCAUUGUGCAUCAAACCGCUCAAAGUUCGCCCAUGAAGGAGAUCUACCUGCAGUCGAAUCGGCUUACGGACAUUUCCAACAUCACGAGGAGUUGCAAAAAUGUAAGAAUAUUGGAUUUGAGCAGAAAUCAAGAGCUGGCACAGCAGAGUGAGCUGAAUAUAGCCAUGUUCGAUGGAUACACGCAGUUGGAAUACCUGCUACUGGCUGACGUCGGGGCUUUCUAUUUGAACUAUAAGAAAGAUCCAAAACUACCGUCGUUGACAUUGCUGGAUUUAUCGAUGAACAAUUUGAUAGACAGCGACCUCCGCUUGGAGUACUUCAACAACUUCGAAAAGUUAGCUGUGCUGAGAUUGAACGACAAUUCGAUGAGCGCAAUAGCUUAUCCACAGUUUACUGAAAUGAAGUCACUGAAACAGGUCUUUCUGGAAGGAAAUACCUUCGAAUGCGGUUAUUUGAAAAAGAUGAUCCAGUUUCUGAAUGAAAAAGGAAUAGAAACCCCGGUCGCUCGGUCCGCUAGAAACUGUGGGUCGGGAUUCAACGUUGAAUCGCAAAUGUGCUGUAAAUCGGAAUAUUUGCAGUCUGUAGGAAUAAAAGAUACGAAGCUGCCAAACGAGGCAGAUUCGUCGGCUGUUGCAACACCGUCCGCCAUCACAGACACUCCAACGUCUCACGAAGUUACCACUAAACGAAAUGACGGUGUCACAACCGGAGCUAAAUCGAAUGGGGACUCCACUCCUCCAAAUAACGGAAUAACUCUCCAUAGCAUUAACAUCGGUGUGAUUAUUUGUGGAUUGAUUUUAAUGCUUAUGUCAAUUGAGUAGGAUCGAUGAAUGAUAAAACAGUUGUGGGAAGUUUGAGCAAAGAAAUUACACACUUCUGGAUCUACCGAUAUCCAUAGGUUUAGGUCAACCAUUGAGCUUAGUGUUUUGGCUGUACUUCCCCCCGCUUUUCACAAGGUGAAAAACGUACUUUUAUCACUAGGGCGUACCAAAACCAAUAUCCGCAUUGGUCAGCAAUGAUCAAAUCAAACCAUAUGAUAGAACUAACGUAUCUCUAAUUCUUCAAAUGCUGACUUUUCUCAAAUCAUUGUUUCGAUAGAUCGCUUAUUGAAAAGCCUAGGAAUAGGAGUCGCUUUUUCCAUCUGUGUCACCGACUUAAUCAAUGUGAACACAAAACCACAUGCUUUGCCCAGCAAACGAACCUAGGAUAGAUGGAAGUGCUCUUAAGUAUUAUGAAUACAUAUGGUGUUUGAAAGUAUAUCGUCGCGUCGGUGAAACAGAGUUUUGUGAUACGGUGCUGUAACGAUUAUUUGACUUGGUGUAACGAUAGCUAACAGAAAAGAGAGCAUAAUUAGUUAAGUCACAUUUGAUGGAUUGUUCCGAGAAGUAUACAGCCGACCAAUGAUUCAAGUGAUACAAGAAAACAAGAAGACAGAUAUCAGUAAUUUAUUACCCAUGUUAGCUGUAUGCAUAAGAAGCUUUGCAAGGGCUUUAUCUCACCUUCGAAAUGAUGCUUACCGAAGAUGUAACUGCACCCGCGUUUCAUGUUUCUUUCAGUUUACAGUCUAUACGUGUGUGCUUCGCUUUGUCUAACUUACUCGUGACUUUGCUUUCUUCUCUAUGUUUUAUUCUUUCAAUAUUCAAAAUAAUGUAGAAAUAUCAAAUUGAAAUCCGUCUUGCAAGUAUGAAUACAAUUGAGAAAACAUGCAAAUAAUAUCAGAAGAGAUAUUUACCCGUCGAACGAUAACUUUACCAUAGCCAAGCUAUACUAAACUCGUGUGAGUUAUCGUCUCUCUACUCUUGUUUUGAAUAUCUUUAACAUUGUGACAUUGUGGCCACUAAACGUUGGAUAGUUUUGCCGAGCAUUUGAUGUAAUGCUGGGAGAUCUUAAUGCAUGUUGAGAGGCUCAAAGCCACGUUGGAAAGUUCAAUACAUGUCCGUCUGUCGAAGACAGAGCAGUAGUAUUAACGUAUUCAUUCUAGUCCACCUAGCCAUAAAAUGUAGCGAUUAGCGUAUGAAACAAAUUAGCAAUCAACUCGAGGGAUACACCGGAGCAGAGAAUAAUGUUUGCAUUUUUACGAAGGUGGCGUGCUGUUGAUUUUGCGUGUUUAUGUGCUAUGAUAUUGAUUGUGUUGAGGGGAGCACUCAGAGGGCUUGAUUGCCAUCUGUACAAAUCAACGAACAGCUUCCCAUCCAAGGAACGGGACGAUAUUAGAGAAGUGUUCAAUAUAAAAGAAUUAAAAGUCUAGCAUUAGAAAAGAGACAGAUUGGUGUAGACUAGAGGUGAUAAUUUUAAAGCUGUGCAUCGAUAGGCAGAAUAAUAGCGAUAGGUAUCGUUCAAAAGAACCCGCAUUUCGUCCCUUUGCUGAACCGGUCAAGUCUAGGGGUAUAGUGAAAAACGUAUUUUGGUAUGCAUAUUCGAGUUUCGAAUCAAUCAUUGUCUGCUAAUUCAUCGCCAAAUUUUACUCGUUUUUAGCAUGUGGUACACAAUAAAACUUUUGCUAACGGAAACUGAA